CGUUUAUGUAAGAAGUCGUCUUCCAAGAAAAACUAUUUUGUAAAAAAAAAGUUUCACCAAAUUACCAAAAUAUAAAUAAGAUUAAAUCAAUUAGUUGACGGUGUUGACUGAGCAAGAGUAAUAGGAAACUCAUUUCAAAUGAUCGUCAGAUAAAUAGACCUGCCUACAAAUUAAUAUAUUUGAAAAGGAUUAGUUUCUAAUAAGUGUAGUACUAGUAAACGUGUGUGACUGCAGCGCAGUACAGUACCAGUUCAGCAGUUAAAACUAUUAACUGGGCCUAUCGAGUUACUAUCGACUUAUUUUAGAGACGUAGAGCGUCUUACUCUGACUUCGAUUUAAAAAUGUCAGGAUGGGCGCCAGUACCAGGUAGUGCUGAAGCCAGAGGAUGUUACGAAAUAACAUUCCAGGUUGAGAUUUCGGCUGACCAUGGUACAGUCACAACCCAACAAGUAGGUUUAAGUUUAUAAUAUAAUAUAAAUAAAAAUUGGAAAAUGUCAUACAAUUCUUAACUUUUAAAUUCGUGAUUUCUUUAAAAUGUAAAUUGAAGUAGAUUUUGAAGUCCUUGCUAGGCAGUAUGGUAUUAUAUUGGCAUAAUCUGUAAUAUAUUAAAUGAAAUAAUUGUUUAUUUAUUUUCCACUUAUUAAUCUCUUGUAAUUUGUUUUCUAUUCAUUCAGGCUGACUGUCGUCUUGAUAUAGCUAUCAUAGGACUGAAGGAAGAUUUCGAACAUCUGGUGAGUUCUUUAAUACAUGGCGGUUGGUUUUUACAACCAUGCUUCAGUGGGGCUGGAAGUAAUAGUGGCAGUGGGGGGCGUGGUCCGCCCUGGGGUGGUGUGUGGGUGGCAGUUUAGGUCACCUGCAGAGUAUUGUUUUGUAGAAAUCUUUCCCCGUCUCUGCUACCCCACUGACAUGCAUUAUUUUUAAAAUUGCGAUCAAACUAUAAUAAUAAUUUAAUGUAACCAAAGUCUCAUCAUUGGGAUUUGGGAUGUGAACAUUGUGGAUGACUAGAAUAACUGACAUGUCCCUUCAAUAACUGACAUUUCCUUACAGUAACUGACAUGUCCUUACAGUAUUUGAAAUGCCCCUUCAAUAACUGACAUUUCCCUACAGUAUUUGAAAUGUCCCUUAAGUAAAUGACAUAUCCCUACAGUAUUUGAAAUGUCUCUUCAGUAACUGAAAUGUCCUUACAGUAACUGACAGGUCCCUUCAGUAACGGACAUGCUCCCUUUUAGUUAAUGUUUGAUUUUUAUUUUGUAUUUCGCAGUUCAAUUUGACACCAGAAGAACAAGAGUGGACUAUGGACGGAAAUGUUCUGCAAAAUGACUUAACAUUGGGUCAUUAUGGAGUGGGCAAUAAUAACAGUAAACAAUAUAUAAUAUUUGUCAGGAAAGUAUCACCACGUCAAUGAUCUGGUGCUGUUAGGGACAAGGAAAUCUGUUGAUCUGUAAUCUCUUUUUUAAAGAAUUUACAUUUGUGGAAAAUCUUGUGUGGAACUAAUUCCCAAAUUUACACAAUUUGAUUGGUUGUGAUAUAAUGAAAGAAUCUUGUUCUUCUUUCUAGACUUUAUGUACAUGGUCAUUGUCUGGAAAUAUUAUCAAAUGCCCAACUUAAAACACGACAAAUCUGUGUGAGUUACUUGUAUUAUUGACUGAGUUCAUCCCAAAAUGUUCAGCAUAGCUUUAACUAUCUUAUUUGUUUAACUUCUUGUGGUGGUGGAAUUUUCUCCAUAUGCCUGAGCUCUUGUUGAGGUAUCACAAAAAUCAAAUGCACAACCAAGGCUCUUUUCCAUCAAUCAGUAACAGCCCACGCAUGCAUUCCUAUGUUUAUUUCUACUCUUACAAAGUUUUUGGGAAAUUUAAAAAAAUGUUGUAAUCCAACUGCUUUUGAGGCAACAACACUAUAUGUAUGUGACUUGGCGAUCACUCCAGACAAUAAUGUUGUCUUUUAAUACAACUUAAUGAAAGAUUGGCCAAACAUCGAUUCAUAUCUACUCCGUCCAUCAAUACAAAUUACAAAGGUUUUGAAUGAUGUUGUUUUUUUGGUCAAGCAAAAUAUUUCUUUGUUAUAUCAUUGUAGUCAAAUAUUGGGACCUCUAAGUGAAGGAAGUGAUCAGUUAGAUAUAACACUUUGGAAUCUAAACAAAACAAAAAAUUAUUUUAAAAAGUUAUUUAGAUAUUUGGAAAGAGUAGAUUAUUGAGUAACCCAGUGCUCGGCACCUUUUUUUUCCCCCAUGGCACACGUAGACCCUUCUGAGAGGAAAAAAGGGUUCAUAAGGUACCAACAUAUUAAAUGUUUUUAUGCAAGUAAUAUCAACAUAAAAUAUUUUUUCACAAUUUAAGCUAGUACUAGUACUAACUGGUAGUUUAGCAGUAUUGUCAUUUAUUAUUGUCAAUCAUUCUUCACACACGAAGAUGACCAAGGCACUAUUCAACUUGAGUUGUAGCCUUGACUUGAGCUGUAUUUUGUUUAUCGUGAGGAAGAGUUGCUCAAUAUCUUUUCUUUUUUUUUUUUUUUACAUUUUUUUUAUCCCCUUUUAUUUUGUAAUUUUAUUAUUACUUCACACACGAAGAUGACCAAGGCACUAUUCAACUUGAGUUGUAGCCUUGACUUGAGCUGUAUUUUGUUUAUCGUGAGGAAGAGUUGCUCAAUAUCUUUUCUUUUUUUUUUUUUUUUACAUUUCUUGUAUCCCCUUUUAAUUGGUAAGUUUAUAAUUAAUGUAAAAAUAAUAUGUACCGGGUAUGUCUACUGAUUUAUUUCAAAGAAACACACAAUUUAAAUAGUGUUUGGUGCAAAUAAAAAAAUAAAAAGUGCAGCGACCACUCACUUACUAAUGACAUUCAUGUGUUAAGUUGAAAUGUUUAUUUCAAUGCAAAAAAUGAUACUAGCAGCCCCCCCAAAAACAAGAAUAAAAUAAAUAAUACCAGUGAUUAAAAGUUUUUUUUUAAAAAUUGUUGCAAGAAAGUUGCAUUUUCGACAGGGUCAAACAAAGCAGAUAAAAGAUAUUUCGUUUUUUUUGACUUGUGUUGUGUUUGUUUUCAUUUUUGGGCGAUGAAAUCUUACCUCAGAAGUGUUACCUCAGAAGUGUGAAAAUUUUUUAAUGAACACCAAGUCCAAACAUUACACAGCACUGGGAUGAAAAGCUGCGAUAAAAGUCUAAAACAACAGAGACAUAUUUUACUGGUGACUUCAGAAACUUUUUUUUACAUCCGCUUGGAGGAAUUUUGCUGCGGGGCACCUAGCAUACUCUCGCAGCACAUUGUGUGUGUGCAGCACAUUGUGUGUGUGCAGCACACUGGGUGCGAAGGCCUGGCAUAAACAUUGCAACAGAGCUCAUCAUGGGCUGUAAAUGCUACAUACCCCACAUAACAUACAACGUAGGCUGGCUACGCUUUAGAUCUGGUUUGAACAUUGUUUUGUAAGAUCUUAGGAAAUAUGGUCUUGUAAGAUCUUAGGAAAUAUUGUCUUGUAAGAUCUUAGGAAAUAUGGUCUUGUAAGAUCUUAGGAAAUAUUGUCUUGUAAGAUCUUAGGAAAUAUGGUCUUGUAAGAUCUU